AUGACGGGACGCAGCACAGAACUAAGCGAAAUUCUAAAAGCAAGACAAAUAAGCGCCUGCUGCGUCCAAGAAACGAAAUGGAAAGGGUCAAAAUCCAGGGAUAUCGGAAAUGGCUACCAGCUUGUAUACCAUGGUACUGAUACCAAAAGAAACGGAGUAGAUAUCGGUGUUUUACUCACGGCGAACAAGGAUAUAAAAAUAAGAUGGAAGGAAUACUACGAACAACUAAUGAACGAGGAGUUUUCGAGUCAAAAUAUGCCGCCUGUUGAAGGGCCUAUAAAAUCUAUAUUAGAGGAGGAGGUGAGCAAGGCCAUAUCAAAAAUGAAAUACGAUAAGACCACUGGUCCCGACCAGAUACCAGCAGAUCUCUGGAAGAAGCUGAAAGAAUCUGCAACACCCUGGCUCACCAAGCUUUUUAGCGCUAUUAUUAAAGAUGGCAAGAUCCCCCAAUUCUGGCAAAAGGCUAUGAGAGCUAUGAGAGCUCAAAACAUCCCGGAAUAUUAUGUGAUACUAAUACAAGAUAUGUACAUAAACACCAAAACGCGCGUCAAAAGUCCAGCGGGUCUUGGCGAGCCCUUCCACGUAAAUGUAGGAGUACAUCAAGGAUCUGCCUUGAGCCCAUUGCUAUUCAACCUGUGCAAGGACUACAUCACGCGAGACAUACAAAAGCCAGCACCAGAGUGUAUUCUUUACGCAGAUGAUAUAGUCCUAGUGGCGAAAAAUGCACAAAACCUACAGGAAACACUUAACCGGUGGGUGACACAAAUAGAAAACCAUGGGCUACGCAUUAGUCGAAGUAAGACCGAAUAUUUUGAGUGUGACUAUGGAGGGUCAGAAGAGACGGGAUGUAAUAUUUACAUAGACAACCGCGCACUACCCAAAGUAGACAAUUUCAAGUAUCUUGGAUCUGUGCUUAUUACUGAUGCAAAUAUCGAUAAGGACGUGGACCACCGCAUUAAAACCGUCUGGAUAAAAUGGAAAUCGCUUUCGGGUGUUCUCUGUGACCAUAGAAUGCCCAUUCGUAUAAAGGGAAAAGUGUACAAAACGGUAGUACGCCCUAUCCAUGAUCUAAGGGGCAGAGUGUUGGAUCAUUAA